AUGGUUUGGAAGGAUGAAGAAGAUCUGGAGGAGAUGUGUGCAAAUCUGCGAACUCGGCCUCCGUCACCUGUCCUAACUUGCGAGUCUGGAGUGCUCGUUGAAUUGAAAGCGGGGAUCAUCGCCAGCAAGCUUGUUGGGAUAUCAGGACCGCCGCAAUACAAAAGUGUCGAAGACUUAGCUAGAAUUGCAUACUGGUCGGAGCUACGAGACCGUCCAGACUGGCAACCCUCAAGGGAUUCCUCAUCUUCCAUUUUCGAUGUUACCCCGUCAACUGUGGGAACAAACCACUCGGAGAACGACCAAUCACCAAAGCCAAAUAGGGCCGAAAGGAAGAUGCAAGAAAUGUUUGACAAUUUGGUUACUCGUCCUUCGUCGUGGUCCGAAACCGAUGAUGGCGCGAAAAUGAUGGAAAUGAAUGCAAAAGACCUUUCCAGAAAACUGCAGCAAUUGGUUUCCUCACAGAUGGUUGACUCCUCCGAUGACAGAUCGAGCUCACCUCUGCAGCAACCGUUGAGUACGCCAGAUAGUAACGAACACAUCUCCAAGAAGCGCAAACUGAGAGCAUCAAAAGCUGACGGGACUACACCAGAGGAAGGAUCAACAGACAAGAACAUGGAAACAAGCGUCUGGCAGCCGGCUCCUACAAAACAAAACAGACCAGGAGAUUCUUUUUCGCCGAGUGGGUCGACGAGAAAGGAUGACGAUAUCCACCCAUUCUACUGA